ACUUUAAUAACACCCACCGAACUCCUACUUUCACACAUUAUUUAAUUUUCUUUAAUUGUGUAGAAUAAUUAGUUUAUGACCAUAACCAUUCACCUAAACAUUUCCCGAUCAGGCAAAUGUGCAAUGUAAAGAAGAUGAGAGAACAUCACAGCCGUCAAUUAUACAUCAUCACACAAAUCGAGGUGCGUUAAUUACGUAAUCGGUCUAGCUCGCCGUGUUCGCGGAUGCAGGCGAUUGCACCCCCAAAAUUAAAAUUUCAGAAAAUAAAAAAAGCUCUCAAUUCUGAAACCCUCUUCUCCCAUAAAUCAUCUCUCUCUCUUUCUUCUCUCUCUUCCUUCUCUGGAAAUCCCUUUCUGAUGGGUCCGGUUAAUUAUUUACAUUUAUGUACAGUUCGUUACAUCUAUUAGCAAUUAUUUGCAGAGUUAAGAGUUUUGAUCUUCUUCGGAUUGUUAAUCCUUCCUUAUUUUAGUUUAAUUUUAUUGUGUGAUUGAUUGUUCGAAGCUCCAGUGAGUCCAUCGGAUUACUCAGCCGUGUUGUAUGACAACGGCGGAAACAGACUGCCGGCGGUGUUUGGAUUGUCUGAAUAAUCAGGCACUAAUAACAUGAAGUAAAAUUUGUCGUCAUCUCAAGAAGGCAGUAUCCUUAGUCCCUAAUAUUUCUUGUCUACUGGAGGUUGCCUUCAAACAUGCCUUCGCUCCAGCUUCUACAGUUGACUGAACAUGGUCGGGGACUUCUGUCGUCGAGAAGGAGAGCUAUACUGAUUGCCACUAGUAUUGUUGCUGUUGGUGGAACUGCCGCCGCGUAUGUGCACUCACGAAAUAGUUGUAAACGGCGCAGUUCUUUUAACCAUUCUAAUGGAAUCAAUGACAAUAAAGAUGAAUCAGACCAGUCAAUUGGAAACGAUAAGAAUGUAAAAAAGAGUAGGCAAAAGAGAGGAAAUUUGCGGUCUCUCCAGGUUUUGGCAGCCAUUCUGUUAUCUCGUAUGGGGAGAAUGGGUGCACUGCAUAUAUUAUCUUUGGCUGCUAUAGCGGUUUCUAGAACUGCUGUAAGCAACAGGUUGGCUAAAGUCCAAGGUUUCCUUUUCCGUUCUGCUUUUCUCAGGCGUGUACCUGUAUUUCUUCGUCUUAUUAUUGAAAAUAUCGUGCUGUGUUUUCUCCUAUCGUCAUUGAAUUCCACCUCUAAGUACGUAACAGGGACCCUAAGUUUACGGUUCCGGAAAAUUUUGACGAAGCUUACUCAUACCCAAUAUUUUCAGAAUAUGGUGUACUACAAGAUGUCUCAUGUUGAUGGUCGGAUAAGCAAUCCCGAGCAGCGAAUUGCCAGUGAUAUACCAAGGUUCUGUUCGGAAUUGAGUGACCUUGUGCAAGAGGAUCUAUUUGCUGUUACUGAUGGGCUACUUUAUACAUGGCGUCUAUGUUCAUAUGCUAGCCCAAAAUACAUAUUCUGGAUACUGGCCUAUGUGUUGGGCGCAGGGGCCACAAUUAGAAAUUUUUCACCACCAUUUGGGAAACUUAUGUCCAAAGAACAACAGCUGGAAGGGGAGUAUAGGCAGUUGCAUUCACGGUUAAGAACUCAUGCAGAAAGCAUAGCGCUCUAUGGUGGAGAAAAUCGAGAAGAAUUUCACAUCCAGAAAAAGUUUCAGAAUCUUAUUCAGCAUAUGAGAGUUGUUCUUCAUGAUCAUUGGUGGUUUGGCAUGAUUCAGGACUUCUUACUAAAGUAUCUUGGCGCUACUGUUGCUGUUAUCCUGAUUAUUGAGCCAUUUUUCUCUGGAAAUUUAAGGCCCGAGUCUUCUACCUUAGGACGUGCAGAGAUGUUAAGCAAUUUAAGAUAUCACACAAGUGUUAUAAUUUCGCUGUUUCAGUCUCUGGGAACUCUUUCUAUAAGUUCAAGACGACUCAAUCGCCUGAGUGGGUAUGCAGAUCGUAUUCACGAGCUUCUGGGUAUAUCUAGAGAGCUAGCCGCACGCGAUUCAUCUUCUCAACAGGCUGAUGGGAGCAGGAACUAUGUUAGCGAGGCAAAUUACAUUGAGUUUGAUGGUGUCAAGGUUGUUACCCCAACUGGUAAUGUCUUAGUAGAGGAUUUGAGUCUAAGGGUUGAAUCUGGUUCAAAUCUUUUGAUAACAGGUCCAAAUGGAAGUGGAAAAAGCUCUCUCUUUCGAGUUUUGGGUGGUCUUUGGCCAUUGGUGUCUGGUCAUAUAGUCAAACCUGGAAUUGGUUCUGAUUUAAACAAGGAGAUCUUUUAUGUGCCACAACGCCCAUAUACAGCGGUUGGAACCCUGCGUGACCAGUUAAUUUAUCCCCUCACAGCAGAUCAGGACUUUGCAUCUCUUACAAAAAGUGAAAUGGCCGAGCUGUUGAGAAAUGUGGAUCUUGAGUAUCUGCUGGACCGGUACCCAUCUGAAAAGGAGGUGAAUUGGGGUGACGAAUUAUCGCUAGGGGAGCAGCAAAGAUUGGGAAUGGCUCGUCUCUUUUACCAUAAACCUAAAUUUGCUAUCCUGGACGAGUGCACAAGUGCUGUGACAACUGAUAUGGAAGAACGUUUCUGUGCUAAAGUUCGAGCUAUGGGAACCUCAUGUAUCACAAUUUCCCAUCGCCCUGCAUUAGUUGCAUUUCAUGACAUGGUCCUAUCUUUGGAUGGAGAAGGAGGCUGGAGUGUGCAUUAUAAAAGAGCCGAUUCACCAGCUUCUACAGAAUCCGAGUUUAUUAAGAAAAGGAGUUCCGAGACAGAGCGCCAAAGUGAUGCCAUGACUGUCCAACGUGCAUUUGCGAAUACAAAGAAGGACCGGGCAUUUUCAGCUUCUAGGUCGCAUUCUUCAGAGUUGAUAUCAGCAUCUCUGACCGAGGAAGAGGACUAUGUGUCGCCUGUAUUUCCACAACUGCAAAGUGUACCAAGGAUAUUGCCUCUGAGGGUAGCUUCCAUGUUUAAGAUACUAGUACCGACUGUGCUUGAUAAACAGGGUGCACAACUCCUUGCAGUUGCUAUACUAGUGUUAUCCAGGACUUGGAUAUCAGACCGUAUUGCUUCUUUAAAUGGGACAACUGUAAAGUAUGUUCUAGAGCAAGAUAAGGCUGCCUUUGUUAAGUUGAUUGGCAUCAGUGUUCUCCAAAGUGCUGCAUCCUCUUUUGUUGCACCAUCUUUAAGGCAUCUGACAGCUUUGCUUGCACUUGGAUGGAGAAUACGUCUGACAAAGCACUUGCUUCGAAACUACUUGAGAAAUAAUGCAUAUUAUAAGGUUAUUCAUAUGUCCCGGGAAAAUGUUGAUGCUGAUCAGAGAUUAACCCAAGACUUGGAGAAGUUAACUACCGAUUUAUCUGGACUUGUCACUGGAAUGGUUAAACCAACUGUUGAUAUUUUAUGGUUCACCUGGAGAAUGAAGAUGUUGACUGGUCGAAGAGGAGUUGCUAUUCUUUAUGCAUACAUGUUACUAGGUUUAGGUUUUCUUAGGGGUGUUACGCCUGACUUUGGUGACUUGACAAGUCGUGAGCAACAACUCGAGGGAACUUUUAGGUACAUGCAUGAAAGAUUGCGGACACAUGCGGAAUCUGUUGCUUUUUUCGGGGGUGGAGCUAGAGAAAGAGAGAUGAUCGAAUCAAGGUUUGGAGCACUUUUUGAUCACUCAAUGUUGCUUCUUAAGAAGAAAUGGCUGUUUGGUAUUGUAGACGACUUCAUCACAAAGCAACUUCCCCAUAACGUAACCUGGGGAUUGAGCCUGUUGUAUGCAAUGGAGCACAGAGGCGACCGAGCCAUGACUUCAACCCAAGGUGAACUCGCACACGCAUUGCGGUUCUUAGCAUCCGUUGUUUCUCAGAGUUUUUUGGCUUUUGGUGAUAUUCUUGAGCUACAUAGAAAAUUUCUGGAGCUUUCUGGUGGUAUCAACCGAAUUUUCGAACUUGAAGAGCUUCUAGAUGCUGCUCAACAUGGAGAUUCCUGUAGUGGUUCUUCAAGAUCUAAAUCCACAGUACUUGACUCGGAUGAUAUUAUUUCUUUCUACAAGGUGGAUAUUAUCACACCAACUCAGAAAGUUUUGGCUAGACAGUUGACAUGUGAAAUAGUUCCAGGGCAAAGCCUGCUUGUUACUGGUCCAAAUGGAAGUGGGAAGAGUUCCAUUUUCAGAGUCCUUCGAGGCCUUUGGCCUGUGGUUGAUGGAAGGCUCAUUAAACCUCACCAACAAAUUACUUCUGAAUCCGAAUGCCAUCUCUUUUAUGUGCCACAACGACCAUAUACAUGCUUAGGAACCCUCAGAGAUCAAAUAAUAUAUCCUCUCUCUUGUGACGAAGCAGAGAAAAGGGUGUCACGUUUGGUUGAAGAAGGCCAUGAAUCAGUUGGGCCCACAGACAUUCUGGAUGCACACCUAAAAACUAUUCUAGAAAAUGUUAAAUUACUAUAUCUCUUGGAGAGAGAAGGUGGAUGGGAUACGAGCCAGAACUGGGAAGACAUUUUAUCUCUCGGGGAACAACAGCGAUUAGGCAUGGCACGACUGUUCUUUCACAAACCCCGAUUUGGAGUCCUUGAUGAGUGCACCAAUGCUACAAGCGUUGAUGUUGAAGAGCACCUCUAUAGGCUUGCAAGUGACUCAGGGAUCACUGUCAUAACGUCCUCUCAGCGCCCUGCUUUGAUACCGUUCCACUCGGUGGAGCUGUAA